AAUAAUAAUAAUAAUAAUAAUAAUAAUAAUAAUAAUAAUAAUAAUAAUAAUAAUAAUAAUAAUAAUAAUAAUAAUAAUAAUAAUAAUAAUAAUAAUAAUAAUAAUAAUAAUAAUAAUAAUAAUAAUAAUAAUAAUAAUAAUAAUAAUAAUAAUAAUAAUAAUAAUAAUAAUAAUAAUAAUAAUAAUAAUAAUAAUAAUAAUAAUAAUAAUAAUAAUAAUAAUAAUAAUAAUAAUAAUAAUAAUAAUAAUAAUAAUAAUAAUAAUAAUAAUAAUAAUAAUAAUAAUAAUAAUAAUAAUAAUAAUAAUAAUAAUAAUAAUAAUAAUAAUAAUAAUAAUAAUAAUAAUAAUAAUAAUAAUAAUAAUAAUAAUAAUAAUAAUAAUAAUAAUAAUAAUAAUAAUAAUAAUAAUAAUAAUAAUAAUAAUAAUAAUAAUAAUAAUAAUAAUAAUAAUAAUAAUAAUAAUAAUAAUAAUAAUAAUAAUAAUAAUAAUAAUAAUAAUAAUAAUAAUAAUAAUAAUAAUAAUAAUAAUAAUAAUAAUAAUAAUAAUAAUAAUACUAAUAAUAAUAAUAAUAAUAAUAAUAAUAAUAAUAAUAAUAAUAAUAAUAAUAAUAAUAAUAAUAAUAAUAAUAAUAAUAAUAAUAAUAAUAAUAAUAAUAAUAAUAAUAAUAAUAAUAAUAAUAAUAAUAAUAAUAAUAAUAAUAAUAAUAAUAAUAAUAAUAAUAAUAAUAAUAAUAAUAAUAAUAAU